AUGUACGACGUUGCUCUCCAGACCACUGUGUGGUGCGUGUACAUGCUGAGAAUGAUGUUUGUCGCGUUAAAACUGCCUUCAAUCUCAAGCAAGUGCUUCGGAGAAUUUGCCAUUCGCUUCACCAGGAUGAACACGCCUAUUGAUGAUUUUUCAAUGCCAACAGAUCUCGAUGCCGUGGCAGAUCGCCUCCGAGAAAUCACACCUGAAGCUCAGUUUCGCUACGAAGCCACGCACUCGUCAAAAUGUUUUUGCUCGAUGAAGCAUGACACACUCGAUACCAAGUCAAUCACGCAACGCCGCUCCACUAUCAAAAGCAGCGAUUAUUGGAAGCACGAGGCGAUUCAUUACAAGACCAUUUUUGCCAACGUGAUAUUUGAUGGACUGUUAAAGCAAUGCACGGCGGAUAGCGCCGACAACACCAAUUGCACCAACAGCGCCAAUAGCAUUAACUGGCAAAGAGUGACGCAACUCUACAAACGACGUUUUGCUCGUCAGGGACUUGAUGCAGAAGAUCUUGAGAAACACCGCCGCACUAUAGAGACGGAAGAAUAUUGGGAGCAUGAGGAGGAGUGUCUCAAACACUUUGCCCGAAUAGAUCAGGAGAACCAUUAUGCUCGGCUUUGGCGCAAACUCAACUUGCCUGAAACUGAGGGGCAGAGCCACAAAGAUCAGCAGCGUUCAUCUCGGGGCAUACGGCGACGCAGGCGAGGGGGAAAAAACAGUAAUACCAGACGGCGGUGCUGA